CUCCCGUCUGGUUUCCAUUAGUCCGCCACGCUCAGCCAAGAAACACAGCCAUAAAUAAAGGCGAACAAUACCAGCCCCCUCCCCGCGACCGCCCAGCCCAGGACGCAGCCGGGUGCCUGGGAAAAGUGGGCUCCGGCCAUUGGGACGGAGGGGAGCGUGAAUGGGGCUGGUGGGGGGAAACGGGACGGAGGGGAGGGCACCCGAGAGCAUAAGAGGGAAGGCAGGGCUGGCGGCGGGGAGCGGAGGCUGUGACAGCCGCGGGGAUCGGCGGCAUGGCGAGGUCGGCCCCCCGCGUGCCCCCUAAGCAGAGGGGUUUCGCUGUCAUUUUUGGGGACCGUGUCUUGCUGCUGGGGCUGCUGCUGCUCCCCGGGCACGGGGAUGCUGCUGGGACACGAGGGCCGAUGUCCCAGGGAGAGUGGGUGACACCACAUUGGCUUCUGGGGGGUCGCAGCCGGCGAGCUGUCAGCCUGGACGACGAGGUGCCAGCACCGGCGCAGGCAGAAGUGGCUGUGAUGGCAGAGGGGAGAGAGCUCAUUCUGGUGCUGGAGAGGAACCAGCUGCUGGCACCAGGCUAUACUGAGACGCACUACACCACAGAUGGGCAGCCCGUGACGGUGACCCCCAACCACACGGACCACUGCCACUACCAUGGGCACGUUCAGGGCUACCGCAGCUCCUGGGUCGUCCUCAGCACCUGCUCAGGAAUGCGGGGCCUGAUUGUGGUGAACAGCAAUGAUACCUACUACCUUCACCCUGUGGGGACACCCGAGCCAAACCACCACCUCAUCCACCGAGCAGAGCACCUGCACAUCCCUGGUGGCACCUGUGCCCACGGCGGUGACUUUGGGAACACCAUUGGUGACAUCACACAGCUCUUCCAGCUGGUGGACCACCGGGUGAAGAGAGAUGCCUGGAGGACCAUGAAGUACAUGGAGCUCUUCAUCGUUGCUGACCACACGCUGUUCAGGAACCAGAACCUCAACUUGGGCCUCACUAAGCAGCGAAUUGUGGAGAUUGCCAACUAUGUGGACAAGUUCUACAGGUCGCUGAACAUCAAGGUGGCCCUGAUUGGCCUGGAGGUGUGGACGGAGAGGGACCAGUGCACUGUCACCAGCGAUGCCAACACCACGCUCUGGGCCUUCCUGCAAUGGAAGAAGGCUCUGAGGGCUCGCAAGAAGCACGACAACGCGCAGCUGCUGACCGGGAAGACAUUCCGGGGGACGACCAUUGGCAUGGCUCCACUGGAAGGGAUGUGCAGUGCAGACAACUCCGGAGGGGUCAGCGUGGACCACUCGGAGCAUCCCAUCGGAGCAGCAGCCACCAUGGCCCACGAGAUUGGCCACAACUUUGGCAUGAGCCACGACAGCCAAGGCUGCUGCGUGGAGGCCACCCCAGAACAAGGCGGCUGUGUCAUGGCAGCGGCCACCGGACACCCCUUCCCACGUGUCUUCAGCUCCUGCAGCAAGAGGCAGCUGGAGAGCUACUUCCAGAAGGGAGGUGGCAUGUGUCUCUUCAACCUGCCCGACACCAAAGACCUGGUAGUGGGACGGAAAUGUGGCAAUGGCUUUCUGGAAGAUGGAGAGGACUGUGACUGUGGGGAGGUGGAGGAGUGCACCAACCCGUGCUGCAAUGCACACAACUGCACGCUGAAGAUGGGGGCCCAGUGUGCCCAUGGUGACUGCUGCCAGAACUGCAGGCUGAAGGUGGCUGGGACCAUCUGCAGGGAAGCAGCAGGAUCCUGUGACCUCCCUGAAUACUGUACAGGUGCCUCACCCUACUGCCCAGCCAACGUGUACCUGCUGGAUGGCUCGUCCUGUGCCUAUGGUGAGGCAUACUGCAACAAUGGCAUGUGCAUGACCCACCACCAACAGUGUGUCCAGCUCUGGGGACCAGGAGCCUGGCCUGCUCCAGCUGCCUGUUUCCAGGAUGUGAACAUGGCUGGCAACACCUAUGGAAACUGUGGCAAAGACAGCCAAGGGCGCUAUGUGAAAUGUGACAAGAGAGAUGCCAUGUGUGGCAAGAUCCAGUGCCAGAGCUCAGCCAAGAAGCCCCAGGGGACCAACACAGUCUCCAUUGACACGACCAUCCGCUUCAAUGGACGGGAGGUGAAGUGCCGGGGCACCUACAUGUACACUGCCAAGGAUGAUGAAGAAGACCUCUCUGACCCUGGGCUGGUGAUGACGGGGACAAAAUGUGGAGAUGGAAUGGUUUGCAAAGACCGCCGGUGCCAGAAUGCCUCCCUUUUUGAGCUGGAGAAGUGCGUUUCCCAGUGCAACGGCCAUGGGGUUUGCAACAGCAACAAGAACUGCCACUGCAAUGCAGGUUGGGCUCCUCCAUACUGCGAGAAGCCAGGCUUGGGGGGCAGCGUGGACAGCGGACCUGUGCAGCAUGACAAUCAUGAAGCCAUCUUGGUAACAAUUCUGCUCAUCUUCCUGCUCUUCCUCCCGGCCCUGGUGGGGAGCAUUUACUUCUGGUACCGGCAGGAGAACUCGCUUCUGAAUAAAUGGAUCAAGGAGGCGAGGAGGAGGAGCCGGGAGACAUACAGGAACACAGCCUUCGGUCGGAAAGCAACCAGUGGCCAUUCCAAAGCUGCUUUCACCUUACGGAACAUUUCCACCUCCAGCCACGAUAACAAAGCAACGCGGGCUGCAUUCCCCCCCAAAACCUGCCCUCGCCAACCUGGCUUCCAACCCAUCAAUGUUGUCCAUCCCUUUCGUCCACCUCCUCACUCCAUCCCUCCACGCCCAAGGGACCCCAAGCCUGCCAGGCCACCUCCUCCAGCUGGCAAGUCACCCCUGGUCCCCACCAAAACGGUCGUCUCUCAAGCAAAGCUGCCUCCUCCUAAGAAACCUCUUCCAUCCAGCCCUGUGAGGACCCCAGUGGUAGGUCCAAAGCACCAGCCACCACGUCGGCCACUGCCUGGAUGUCCUUUUCUGGCCAAAGAGCUGCCUCCUGCACAUGGACAGACCCUGCUGGUCACGGUCCCUCCUACCAACUUCAAGGCCUUUGGUACAAGUGCCAUGAGCCACUCUACGAGGCCAUCCAAGCCGAUGCCACCUCAGAGGCCAGUCCCAGCCAUCAAAGUCCAAUCAACCUCCUUCCCCUUGAAGAAGUGACAAACCAAAGGACACCUUAAGCCCAUCCUUCCUGAGCUGGCUCUCCCAAUUUGCACUGCUGCUGGCGACAGGGGUCUUUUAUUCCUCUCAUUUUAUUUGUUGUUGGGUUUUUUUUUUUAAUUUUUAAUACCAGAGGACUAUUUUUAUAAGACAGAGUGAGUACUCAGCACAAAACAGUAGUGGUGGGGGGAAGAGAGGGGAAAUUGGUACCAUGGUAUAACUAAGGGUUGCAAUGUGGGGUUACCAUGGUGGAAACUCCACCGCAGCUCUUGCCAUCACUUCUUUGCCAGUUCACCCACCAGCUUUGAUUUCUUAUUGACGUUGCACAUGGGCUGGUUGGGGUGACCUGGGGUCAACUGAACAUCCAACACUGAUGAAAGAUGCUGACAACGGCAAAAGCUGUGUAAUAUCCUUCUAGCUACCUCCUCCUUCUCCUCCACUCAUGGUGAGAUCCCCCACCACCACCCAUGGCCACCAGAGUUCAAUGCUGGGCAUUGUCUCCGGAGAGACAUUUGCCAUGAGACAAAAACAGUUGCCAGUUUGGACUGUGCCAUCUGGUGCUGAGACACAUCCGUGAAGGAUCCAAGUUCUCAGGCUCCUCCUGGCCCCUUACCUGAUUGCACAAGAGCAAACAGUGACAAUCCUGGGGCCGCACCUGGAAGGAGAAGCCAUCUGGGAAACGGUUUAAUGUCUGCAGUGCUGGUGACAGCUGGUGCUUUCAAGGGGCCCAGGAGCUCUUCAAAUACGUUACGUUUUUCCCCACUCAUGGGACAAGCCCAGAAGUGGUUUGUGAGCUGCUAUCACUGCUGUCUGAAGUGGGAAGGAGCCACAAGCCAGGAACAAGAGCGGGAAGACAUCCUGCCUGUGCUUUUGGCUUGCAUAAAGGCCUUGGCCAAGCCAUUGCGUCUCUCUGUGCCUCAGUUCCCCCCGCCUGUGAAAUGGGGGGUAAUGCCUACCUCACAGGGAUGUUGUGAGGUUUGAUGAACUGAUGUCUUGAAAGGGCUUUACAAUCCUCAAAUGAAAGGUGCUCUUGACUUGCACAGUACUAUUCCGUGCCAAUUUCCUAUGACUUGACACGCGGCUCUGUCAGGGUCUGUAAUGAGAACAAGAGUACAGUCCCCCAGCUCCUCCGGCUGUUUUCUUGCUCACAAGUCCCCCAGCCCUCCAGAUAUCAAGAACUCUGGCUCUCCCACCAUACCACUGCAAACAGCCAUCCCUGCAGCCCCUCCAUUGGCUUACACCUGGGGUUGUCGGAUCCAACGCAUCGACAAACCUGGGUUAGAACCCACUGUGCCUAGGAUUAAGCUUUUUGGGAUGUGUCCAACCAAUGACCAUGUGCCUUGCUCAUGGUAUAGGCUCAGGGAUGGCCCUCAAGAAAGCAUUCUGCUGUUUCAUUAUCCCCAGUAUUACAAAAUGGCUGUGGUUAAGUCAACCUAAAACAUCCUUUCUCUCAUGGUUAUUAUUAUUAUUAUUAUUAUUAUUUUUAAUUUUGAAGUAUUUACUCAUGCUUACUGGUCUUGUCUGAAGUACCUUCACAUGAUUCACAUCAUUCCAUACCAGAUCCAGCUUCAUGGAAUCAUUUAGUUUGAGGGAGACAUCUUGAGACCAUUCCCAGCUGACCUCCAGAGGAUGGGAUAAAUGAGCAGGUCUAUAAACCUGCCCAAAGUCCUGUUCUUUUCUGUGAUCUCCAGCCUACAGAGCUGCUGUAUCCUUCCCUCUGUGUAGGUGUUAGAAGAGGGUUAAACAAUUGGAGAGUGUUUGGAGAAGUCACUGCAAUGAUGAAGGGACUGGAAAACAUUUUCUUAAUUACUUGGAUCAUUUAGCUUAAUGACAAAGUGAGAGAUGUGGAUGCUGCAGUCAGAAAACCGCCUUACUUUGGAGGGGGCACUUGGAUGGUUGCAUCAAGCUGGUGCAAUGCCCCUUGCCUUGGAGUCUUGCCCUUCAGUGCCAUCCCACUCCCUUUAUCUCCUCCUGUUGCAGGUGGGGAGCAAUGGGGAUCUCGACCUCUACCGCUGCCCAAAGCUCACCAGCAUUGAAGAGGCAAGAAAUGCACCUUCAGGGACUAAAUUUAAGUUAUUCAGGCUGGGAAGCGAUUGAUAGAAACUUCAGUUUGUGAUCUCAGGGGUCCUACAAGGUCACGAUAGCUCUGCUCAGCAGCAAAUGGUGUCUUCACUCUUCUCAAAGACCAUCUACGUCCCUGGGAGUUGUCUUAGCAGGCACCAAUGGCUUUUCCUCAAUGCAGACUGGUGCAGAACCAUCAGAAGGGAUUGUAAUUUGGGGAUGGCGCGUGGCAAUCUGUUUGGUAGCUCUGACCGACCUGAGAUGGUCACAGGGAGUGCAAAUAGAUGAUGUCCACCCUGAUGCACCGACAGCAUAACACGUGGCUCAUGGGACAGGCAGGAGUUGUGUCCUGCUUAGAGAAAUUAAUGCAUCCACGGAGGGUUUUGGGGUGUUGGGAUGACACUAGGUGGCAGCAGAUGACCAGGAAAACCCUGUGCUCAGCCUUUCGUCUGAAUGCUGCUGGGAUAUUCCAGGGAUGAGAGCUUCAAGAGCAGUUUUUCCCCCUUGUUCUCUCUCCUAGCCCCAUGAUCUGCAGUCCCUUUAGAAGUAUAUGCAAGUAUCAGCUUGCUCUGCUGACACACUGAGCACGAAGUUCAACAUUUUCAUUGGAAAAUGGCAGCAGAAAGCAAAAGAAAACCACCAAAAAAAUCCCCCCUUUUUUUUUUACCUUCAUCCCCUUGAUGCUUGUGGGGCUUCUCCCACCUUUCCUGCUGGAUCAUCCAACUCAAAUGUCACACUGCAUUAUUCGACGUUGGUGUGGAUGUCUCUCAGGACAAGUAUCCACCAAACACUGCGUCUCUUGGAAGGUCGAGCCUGGCUGUUUCUCCACCAGGGAGAACCUGAGGCUGUGGUUAUGGAAAGGUGCUGGAUCUCCCCUCCUUCAGAAAGCACUUGAGUCAGGGCUGAGGCUGAGAGGCUCUGACUA